UCAAAGAGGAGAUGAACCAACCACCUCUGCUCCAAACACCCGUCCUGAGAUGGAGCGUCUCUUCAGCCUAUAUAUUCGGGAGCUGUUCGUGACGUUCAGCGUCCUGACAUAAACGUUGUCUUUGUGGAGACACAAGAAGAAGAAGAAGAUUCCCGAAGAAGAUUUAAUAUUUUCAUUAAGCACUGAGAUUACAACUAUUUAGCCCUGGAGCUGUUGGACAGAAUGGCCGCAGGCGCUGGCGAGUGCCACGGAAAGGCCGGUCAGUACCGGGUGGAUCACCUCCUCAGUGCCGUGGAGAGCGAGCUGCAGGCCGGCAGCGAGAAGGGCGACCCCACGGAGAGGGAACUGAAAGUCUCCCUGGAUGAGAGCGAGCUUUGGCAAAAAUUUAAGGACCUUACAAAUGAAAUGAUAGUGACAAAGAAUGGCAGGCGCAUGUUUCCUGUGCUGAAAGUGAACGUGUCUGGAUUGGACCCGAACGCCAUGUAUUCGUUUUUGCUGGACUUUGUAUCUGCGGACAACCACAGGUGGAAAUAUGUGAACGGGGAGUGGGUCCCCGGAGGAAAGCCCGAGCCUCAAACUCCCAGCUGUGUGUACAUCCACCCGGACUCUCCAAACUUCGGAGCGCACUGGAUGAAAGCGCCAGUCUCCUUUAGUAAAGUCAAACUCACCAAUAAACUCAACGGAGGAGGUCAGAUAAUGUUAAAUUCCUUACACAAAUACGAGCCACGCAUCCAUAUAGUGCGCGUGGGAGGCCCAAGGAGGAUGAUCACCAGCCACUCUUUCCCAGAGACACAGUUCAUUGCAGUGACUGCAUACCAAAACGAAGAGAUAACUUCUCUUAAAAUAAAGUACAAUCCCUUUGCCAAGGCCUUCCUGGAUGCAAAGGAGAGAAGUGAUAACAAAGACAUCAGAGAAGAUGCCAAUGAAAACCAACAGUCAACUUACUCUCAAUUAGGUGGCUGGUUUAUUCCUGGCACAAGCUCCCUCUGCCCUCCUGCCAGUCCUCACAGUCAGUUUGGAAGCCCCAUCACCCUCUCUUCGUCCCACGGCUGCGAGCGCUACUCCACCCUGAGGAACCACCGCUCUGCCCCCUACACCAGCCCGUACGCCCAUCGGACCAACUCACCCACUGGUUACUCUGAUAACUCCUCAGCCUGUCUGUCGAUGCUAUCAAAUCACGAUAACUGGUCCAGUCUGCAGAUGCCAACACACUCCAGCAUGAUGCCCAUGGCCCACAAUUCCAACUCUGGUACCAACUCUAGUCAGUACACCAGCCUGUGGUCUGUGAGUAACUCGCCCCUGACUCCUGUGUCCCAGAAUGGAGGGAUAAACAACAGCCUGAGCUCCCAAUUCCUUCGAGGUUCCAGCAGCCACUACCAAGGCCUGUCUCACUCAGUCACAGCUCCCUCCUCUGGCUCUCCCAUGUAUGACAGUGGCACAGCCACAGAGGUGCAUGACACAGCUCAGUACGACACCUCCCCACAGGGGAGACUACCCUCAGCCUGGAACCCUAUUACACCUCCAUCCCUCUGAUGGAAGGGUCUCUGCAAGCUGAGAAAGAGACGGCCAUGAAGUGUUGUCUGCGGGAUCUUUGAUCUGAUGUGACUUAAAGGAAGAAUCAACCCCAAAUUAAAUAGGUUUUAUUUGUUUGCAAAUCUUAAAAUUCACAGACUGGCUGCUCUAAGGAGUUUGAAUUAAUCCAAGAAUUUUUCACUUUUCAUUUGGUACAAAUAGAAUUCAACAGUGACUUUGAGUUCUUGAACUCAACCUUUAAAUUUUACUUUGUAAUGUAAUGUUUCUAUAAAUUACCUUCAUGACUUAUAUGUUUUAUAACUCUAACAACAACAAAAUUAAUGUUUAUUUUCAUGUUUAGUUGAUUUUCCCUCAGGUUCACCAGAUGCUUUUGUUCAGCAUAGCAGGAAAAAGUAUAUUUUAAUAUUUGUCACCAAAAAUCAUUUUUAACCUGCUUAUAUUAAGCGUAAGUCCAUGAUAUUCACAGCAGUAAGCAAAAAAUGUACAGCUGAAAAUUGUUUAUAGUGUAAAUGAGAAAACAAACAAGGUUUUACAUGUAAAUAGAUAAAUGAAGCUUUUUUAAUACAGUGAUGCUGUUUGAGCUUUACGUUCCAGAUUCUUUUAAAAAUGAAAUGAAAAGGAGGAGUGAAUGUCAAUAUUCUGCUAUGCAGAUGAUACAGAACUUUCGAUGUCAUUAAAAAAAAAUGUCCAGGUCUCUCAGGUGGCUGUUUUUGAGGCCUUGAACAUGACAAUAAAAACUUGGAUGUGCUUUACUUCCUGUUGCUCGUUGCUCACUAACACUGUUCUUUGUGUUUGUUUUUUAAGUUGUUGCACUUUG